AAACUAUUUUUUUAUUUAUUUUCUUUUCUGCCUUUCCUUUUAGCCUUUUUGUUAUGUUAUAUGGUAGCAAGGGGUUUUCACUGUGAAGCCAACAUCCUAAACCCUAAAACUCGCCGCCAGAACUCCUUGUUCUCCAACUCACCUCUCUUUCAGUUCUCAGGUGGAGCGGAGUGUAUUUUUUUGGUUGGAUAAGGAGGGUAGAAUAUCAUAAUAAUAGUAAUGGCAGAAGCGGAGCCGCAGGCAUUGACGUAUAUACCGGAGGUGAUAUUGAAGAAAAGGAAGCAUAAGGAAGAAUCAAUUGCUCUUACGAGGAAAACCCAGUUGGAGUUGGGGCAAAAUGGAGGGAAGAAGAGGAGAAUGGACGAUAUCAAAAGGCCCGAACAGUUUGUCAGGGAGUUUAGGGACAAGGAAUUGGAUCUCAUCCGUAUGAAACAGAGGACCAAGAGAGCAAAAUCAGCAUUAUCUAUACCAAAUUCGAAGCUCCUAUUUGUCAUUCGCAUACAUGGAAAAAAUGACAUGCAUCCAAAAACUAGGAACAUCUUAUACAAACUGAGAUUGACAAGAAUCUUUCACGGUGUCUUCUUGAAGGCCACCCCAGGGGUAUUAGAAUUGCUGCAAAAGGUGGAGCCAUAUGUUACAUACGGAUAUCCAAAUUUUAAGAAUGUGAGUGAUCUGAUUUACAAGAAGGGCUAUGGAAAGAUAGACAACAAAAGAGUUCCUUUAAUUGAUAAUAAUAUUAUUGAACAGGCAUUAGGGAAGCAUGGCAUUGUAUGUCUAGAAGAUAUUGUACAUGAAGUUGCCAAUGCUGGUCCACAUUUCAAGGAGAUCAUUAGUUUUUUGGGGUCAUUUUCACUCAACAAGCCGAAAGAAGGAUUGCUGGGGAAGAAGGCAUUAUACAUAGAUGGGGGAGACACUGGGAAUCGUGAGAAUCAGAUUAAUGACUUAAUCAAUAAGAUGAACUAACAUCAAGAAAACAGAUCUUAUGAUGAAGUGUAACUCACCCAACUUUUUCCUUUUAAGAUGAUUCUGAGCCAUGUACCGCAGUUAUUAUUUCCUUCUAGUUGGAUUUUGGAUUUUGAAACUGCCAUAAUUUAUUUCUCUGCUGGUUUUUCUUUUUUCUUUUA